GGUCAAUCUUUCCCCUUUCUUUCCAUCUUUUCCCUCUCUCCCCCAUUUCAAAACCUUCAAAUCCGGCAACCGCCGCCGCCGCCCCACCCACCUAGGGUUCCUCUCUUCCCACACAAGCCGCGGCGAGGAGGCGGACGACGACACCCGGGCCGCCGGAAUCGGGAUGGAGAAGUACGAGAAGCUGGAGAAGGUCGGGGAGGGCACCUACGGGAAGGUGUACAAGGCGCAGGACAAGGCGACGGGCCAGCUGGUGGCGCUCAAGAAGACCCGCCUGGAGAUGGACGAGGAAGGGAUCCCGCCCACCGCGCUCCGCGAGAUCUCCCUCCUCCGCCUCCUCUCCAGCUCCAUGUACGUCGUCCGCCUCCUCGCCGUCGAGCAGGCUACCAAGGGCGGCCAAGCCGGGGGCAAGGCCGUACUCUACCUCGUCUUCGAGUUCCUCGACACCGACCUCAAGAAGUUCGUCGACGCCUACCGCCGCGGGCCCGCCCCCAAGCCGCUCCCCACGGAGGUCGUCAAGAGUUUCCUGUACCAGUUAUGCAAAGGAAUUGCACACUGCCAUGGCCAUGGUGUCCUUCAUCGGGAUUUAAAGCCACAGAAUAUAUUGGUUGACAAGGAGAAGAUGAUUCUGAAAAUUGCAGAUCUUGGGUUAAGUAGAGCUUUUACUGUUCCUAUGAAAAGCUACACCCAUGAGAUUGUGACACUUUGGUAUAGAGCUCCCGAAGUAUUGCUUGGAGCUACACAUUACUCAACGGGUGUUGAUAUUUGGUCAAUUGGAUGCAUCUUUGCUGAGAUGGUCAGAAGACAGGCUCUUUUCCCUGGUGACUCUGAGUUACAACAGCUGCUUCACAUUUUCAGGCUGUUGGGAACUCCUACUGAGGAGAAUUGGCCUGGAGUGACUCAUCUGAGGGACUGGCAUGAGUAUCCAGGGUGGAAAUCACAGAAUUUGACUCGUGUAGUCCCGACACUGGAACCGGAAGGGGUCGACCUGCUAACGAAAAUGCUCCAGUUCGAUCCGGCAAGCAGGAUAUCAGCCAAAGCUGCGAUGGAGCAUCCCUACUUCGACAGCCUUGACAAGUCCCAGUUCUAGCUGUUCAAGCUACCAUGUGUUUUUCUUAGUUCCGCUCGUGUGCUCUGCUCCCCAACUUUCCUGCUCAUGAGAUCGACGCUGAAAGCGCAGUAGACAGUGUUUCUGCACCCAGCAAUGUCGUGUUGCUCGUCGUUGGCUUACCUGCCCCUCCCCGUGGUGUAAAUCUACAGCUGCUUUGCUGUUCAGAUGCGAUAUAAGUAUUUUCUGUUCUCUACCGAAUUGUUUGAUAAGGAAGAUUUGCCGACAAUAA